ACUGGUAUUGAAUCCGAUGGGAAAAAAUGUCUGAUGACAGUAAAAACUCGAGUAUUGAAAAGAGUGAGCCUAUUCCUGGGUUUCAGGAUGUUAACACAUUUACACAGCAAUCAUUGAAGUCUGUAUUGCAAGCAACUCGUGCAUCUAACGACUUGCCUGCUGCUGGGGAUGAUUUUGAUUACUACUCAAGUUUCCAAGGCGUGCGGGACAUCUUGGACAUUGAAGGGAAGCGAGUCCUCAAUAUUAUCCAGAAUGUGUUGCGUUACCACAAUGUGAAGGGACACAUGACAUCAUCGUCGGAUGCCCAUGACCUGGAGGAUAAGUUUGAUGUCUUGAUGGACGCUAAUGACCACAUCCUAGAGAAAGUGGGAUCUUAUUUGGAUGAAUCUGCUGGUCUGAAGAAGAAGGAAGAAGAUUUAAUUAUUGCAACAGCCACUCCAAAAGUAAAACAAACCUCCACUGCCAGCUGGAAUAAGAAGAGCUCUGCUUCCCCAAGUAUAUCUGAGUACAAGCUUCUGACGGCGAGGAACAUACAGCGGCCUCAGCUAAAGUUUAGGGACAAGAUCGACAAUGAAAACAGACCAUUUGUGCCCAGAAUCAUGGAGAAACCUAAUGCUCUUCAGUCUCUGGAAGAAAGUCUUAAACUACAUGAAGAUAUCACACCGGAAAUGUUAGAGGAACCAGAUUUUCUUUACCCACACCCAUACAAGUUUGAACUAAGUGUGUUCAAACCAACAGAAAAGCAACUUCAAGCCACUGAGCCCAUUAGGGCACUUUCGACAGCUGAUACUCCCCUGACCUUUGUCUCCACGGUGACAGAAUUUCAGACAGUGCUUGAUAAACUCAAAACAGAGGAAAUUCUAGCUGUGGAUUUAGAACAUCACUCCUACCGGACUUUCCAGGGAAUAACCUGCUUGAUGCAGAUCUCCACGGCAACAGAGGACUUCUUGAUUGACACUCUGUCACUGAGAAAUGACUUAUCUCCCCUUAAUGAGAUACUGACAAACCCUGCUGUUGUGAAGGUGUUCCACGGAGCUGAUAGUGACAUUGACUGGCUCCAGAGAGACCUUGGUCUGUACAUAGUGAACAUGUUUGAUACAGGACAAGCUGCCCGGGUACUGAACCAUGCUCGCUUCUCAUUGGCUCAUUUGAUGGAGCACUACUGUGAUGUCACUGCAGACAAACAAUACCAGUUAGCUGAUUGGAGAAUUCGACCUCUUCCCGUGGAGCUGAUGCAGUACGCUCGGGACGACACACAUUACUUGUUGUAUAUCUACCACAGAAUGAAGCAAGAACUGUUGGCAAGGGGAAACGACCAGAAGAAUUUACUGAUGUCUGUCUUACAAAGGAGUACAGACAUCUGUGCCAAGGUAUAUAGGAAGGCAGUGUUUAAGGAGGAUUCUUACCUUGAGUUGUACAAGAAAAGUAAGAAGGUGUUUAACUCAAGGCAGCUACAGGCGCUGCAGAAGUUAUAUCAGUGGAGAGACAAACUGGCCAGGGUGGAAGAUGAAAGUACUGGAUACGUUCUUCCGAACCACAUGCUUCUCCAGAUAGCGGAGAUUCUGCCGAGAGAACAGCAGGGGAUCUUUGCGUGUUGUACACCCAUCCCUCCGUUAGUGCGACAGUUUCUGCCAGAGAUUCACAAGUUUAUACUGGAAGCACGGGAAGCUCCUUUGAUAAAGGUGUCAUUACCACAAGAGAAGAGACCCAGUACAUAUCAGCAUCCCAGAUACGACCCGAACAGUCUCCUGAACUGUCACCAUGACCUCAGUCACAUGUCAGAUGACCCCGGUCACAUGACAAAUAGUCAGCAGUCAACUACUGUCCCAGAUGUUUCCAUGGUAACAAAGUCCUCCAUGCUGUAUGGUACCAAUAACUCUGGCCUGAUAGUAAGGGUGAAGGCCAGUCCACUUCUUACAGCUUUUGGUGACAAAAAGGACAAGAAAAAAGCCACAAAGGGACAGAGGAUAGCUGCAGCACUUGCUUCCUCCUUCUUAAGUCCAUUUACAAAGUUUCUGCCUGAUGAUGGUGAACCUUCUGCAGAAUCAGAGGCACAGAGCUUAGGAAGUUGGACAUUAAAGAAGAAUACAAAGAGGAAAGAACGAUCUCCUAGCCCACCUAAAGGUCCACCUCCAAAGAAAGUGAAGUCAGACCCUGUAUCAGAACAGAUUGAAUUGUCAGUGAGGGAGAUGACGAUCCAGCAAAGACAGAGGGACAAAGAGGACCAUGUUAAUCUGAAAACAACGGACGAUGAUAAACCUAAGAAAAAGAAGAAGAAGAAAGAGAAGAGGAAGAAGAGAGAAGACGCUGAGUUUGCUGCCUUUGAUUACAGCCAGGCAGACCAAAAUAUGUUCUUAGGUGGUGACAGUAAGAAGAAAAAACAUGAUGUUUUUAACCCGUACACUUCAUUACAAAGUAAAGGAAACCAGAAGGUUGGAAGAUCCAGUCAAUCAUUUUCCCGAUCCCAGAAGAGUCACAGUUACAAACAGGAUGGAAAAAGAGGGGGGAGGAGCCACAACUGGCCGAAACAGAAAUGAGUGGCAGGAAUGGGUCAUAAUCAACCAAAACAGAGAUGAAGGACUAUUUCAUAAAUCUCUUUGUGCUGUCCAAACUGCAACAACAGUAUCACAUUUGUGUUGACAUUUUCAUAGUCAUAUUAAAAUUACAAUAAUAAUUGG